GCCUCCGGUUCUGACUCACUUUGGUGUCCGCUAACUACCUGGUACCUGCUAACCCCCACCCGGCAUUUGCAGAGCACGGUCGCGCAAACCGUUUCUCAUUUUAAGACCGUUGUUAGAAAAGAGAAGCGUGGGGCUAGGGCCUAUUUACCAAUCCUGUGGUCACGCUGCCACAAACUGACCACUUCUGCCAAUGCACUGUCACCUGGGGUUGGCGAGCCCGAGAACGGCCUUUGCCCCGGGGCCCCGCGGACGAUAACCUUGCUCCCUGCCACUGCCCCCCCCCAGGCUCAGCGAGCCGAAAUCCCAGCGACGGCGCUCUACGCUCGCGCUCCUCCCCGCGCACGCGUGGCCGGCCUCGCGCGAGCCCCGGGCCCUGGAAACCAUAGAGUGCCGCGGGCGGACAGAGGGGCCAGCAGCCGGGGUCGCUCCAUCCCCGCUUCCGGCCGCGCCUCGCUGCUCUGGGAGCGGCUGCGGCGGCGUACGCAGUUUCCAUGGGGACUGAAGAUGGCGCCGCGAGGUAAACGGCUGUCCUCUACCCCGCUGGAAAUCCUGUUCUUUCUGAACGGGUGGUAUUAUGCUACCUAUUUUCUGCUGGAACUCUUCAUAUUUCUGUAUAAAGCUCUCCUGCUACCAUAUCCAACAGCCAACCUAGUACUGGAUGUGGUGAUGCUUCUCCUUUACCUUGGAAUUGAAGUAAUUCGACUGUUUUUUGGUACAAAGGGGAACCUCUGCCAACGAAAGAUGCCACUUGGUAUUAGCGUGGCCUUGACCUUCCCAUCUGCCAUGAUGGCCUCCUAUUACCUGCUGCUGCAGACCUACGUACUCCGCCUGGAAGCCAUCAUGAACGGCAUCUUGCUCUUCUUCUGUGGUUCAGAGCUGCUGCUUGAGGUGCUCACCCUGACGGCUUUCUCCAGUAUGGACAGGAUUUGAAGUACAAGCAUUUCAGCCAGCAGCCCUCAUGGGCUGAGACCACAGAUUCUUCUGGUCUUUAGCCACACCAAUGAGAAUUGGUGAGUCAGGUUGUCCUGGUAAGGGUUGCAGCUUUUCCUCAACACAGACAUUCGGGCAACAAACUGAGUGUGAGGCCACUGGGCAUCAUCUUCUAAACCAGGACCAUCAGCCUAAGAGAACUGUUGUAUACUCCAGUGUAGGGAGGGGCAAGGUUGGCCCAUCCUGGCCCGUCUCAGAACCAGUUCCCUGCUGAGCUCCAGUUCUCUUUGAUCCUCGUGGCCAGAGCAUCUUGUGUGGACCCUGUAGGCUCCUUGGGCUUCCAGCAGGACCAGAGCCACAUACUCCUCGUAUGUGCUGUGCCACCCCUGUCACACGAGCACAGAGAGCCUCGGGACGGUCUGCUCCCAGGGUGAUGCACAAGCCUCUCACCUUGUUCCUCAGAGACUGAGCUCCAGAACUUUAUUAGCGGCUCAUAGUGUUAUUUUUCUACUCUCAUCAUGAAACAAACGUUAUUUUAUAAUAAAUGUGUAUUUUCUAUCA